AUGGUUGGCAACAAGGCAUCAUGCCCCUCGGCACACAUUUCCCUUUCUCUUCUAGGGUGCCGAUCGGCACCUCCUCCCUCUCCACAUGUUCCGUUCGGCACAAUAAUUUUUCGGUCGUCACUCCUUACUCAACAACCAUACAACCAUGCCGUUCGGCAUGGCAUUACAAUCCUCAAGACUGCUGGUCGGCACACACACUUUUAUUUCUUUGUUUUCUUCCUAAUUUCUUCUGUCUGCUACGAACCAAUACGGUAUCAAAUUCAGCAACACAGCAUAGUAUCACAUCAACAUAAAAUUAUACAAAUAGACACAUUAAUUUUCCACAACCAAUUUGGUGACAGCAACCACAUCUCAGUAUCAAAUUACAACCAUUAA